CUGCACCGGAUGCGCUGUUCUCCCGGCAUCCUUAGCGCCGCUUUCCCGCCAGGGCAGAGCCGAGUCGGUUUUCCGGUCCUCGUCAUUGUCGCUUCGGUGUCGGUGUGGGGCUACAGCCGUGGGCUGUCGGACUUCUGCCCACCAUGUCGAGCGAACCCUCCAAGAAGUCUUCCAAGGCGGCGCUGUUUGACCCCAUGUCCUUCAUGAAGGACCUGAUGGUCGGCGGGGUCGCGGCCGCAGUGUCGAAGACAGCGGUGGCACCCAUCGAGCGGGUGAAGCUGUUGCUGCAGGUGCAGGCAUCCUCCAAGCAGAUCAGCCCCGAGGCGCGCUACAAGGGCAUGGUGGACUGCCUGGUGCGCAUUCCACGCGAGCAGGGUUUUUUAAGUUAUUGGCGUGGCAAUUUGGCAAAUGUUAUUCGAUACUUUCCAACACAAGCUUUAAACUUUGCUUUUAAGGACAAAUAUAAACAACUAUUCAUGUCUGGAGUUAAUAAAGAAAAACAGUUCUGGAGAUGGUUUCUAGCAAACCUGGCUUCUGGAGGGGCUGCCGGAGCAACAUCCUUGUGUGUGGUAUAUCCACUAGAUUUUGCCAGAACCCGACUAGGUGUUGAUAUUGGAAAAGGUCCUGAGGAACGGCAAUUCAAGGGUUUAGGUGACUGCAUUAUGAAAAUAGCAAAGUCAGAUGGAAUUAUUGGUCUGUACCAAGGGUUUGGUGUCUCCGUUCAGGGUAUCAUUGUUUACCGAGCCUCUUAUUUUGGAGCUUAUGACACCAUUAAGGGCUUAUUGCCAAAACCAAAGGAAAUCCCGUUUCUUAUCUCUUUUAUCAUUGCUCAAAUCGUGACUACCUGCUCUGGAAUACUCUCCUAUCCCUUUGACACAGUUAGAAGACGUAUGAUGAUGCAGAGUGGUGAGUCUGAUCGGCAAUAUAAAGGAACCAUAGACUGCUUUCUGAAAAUAUACCAUCAUGAAGGGUCAGCUGCCUUCUUCCGUGGUGCCUUCUCCAACAUCCUCCGUGGUACAGGGGGUGCUUUGGUGUUGGUGUUAUAUGAUAAAAUCAAAGAAUUCCUCAAUAUUGAUAUUGGAAGUGGUUCAUCAGGAGAUUAGAUUGAGAAAUACAUAUUUCUAAUGUAAAAAGCAUGAAAAUUACAUAGCUGCCAUUUGUGUAUAUUUUGAUAGUAUGUUACUACUUCAGUGUCUCUUAUAGUGUUUAUUCUGCAAUAAAGAAAAGACUUUUUCAAGAUUUUAGUAUUAAAAGUCAGAACAAAAUGGGUUUUCUUUCUACUUAGACCCAGAAUCAUUUAGGGAAGCAUUUUAUUAUAGGUUGUGUAUGUUACUUCUGUUAAAAAAUUCUUACACUUGUGAUGAACACGAUAUAAUGUGAAAUCUGAGAAAUGAAAGUAUCUUGAAAUUUCUGUUUAUUUAGGACAGCUGUAAUCCCAUCUUUCAGAAAUUGUAUAGUAUGACGAAUAGUUCCUAAACAUUUAUCAAGGGUUGUCAUCAGUAUCUCUUACAUAAAUCAGCUUCUGCAGCAAUUGUUAAUGGAGCUCCAGCAUGACUGUGUUAGCACUUAUAGUUCCAUAGUUUUGAUAAGUACAAAUUGUGUCAUUAAAACGUUGGUAAUGACACUGUCAAACUAUAUGAAAAGUAUAGAAUGGUUUCUUUUCUAAUGUUUAGUCUUGCUAGUGUUGAGUAUAUCUUGGAACAAGAAAUCUCUCAAGCAUUAGACUUUUGUAUUCUGUAUUGAUAAUAAAGCAAGUUCAAAACUA